AUGGCUACCACAGACUCCAAUUGGCUUAAGGGCAUCAAGGGCAAGUCCUUUGCAGACAUCUCAGUCGAUGCCGCUUCAUUCAACACCCUUGAGGAAGAUGCCCAAAUAGGCCAGGUUCCCAUCAACACUGAGGAGUUCCUCCGAGCUGCUGAUUCUUUGGUGACCUUGUUCAACAUCCUCGGUCCUAAGACCUUCAAGCUCGUUAUCGAUGAUUUGAAUGGCAACAUCACUAAAGUCCGAACUCGCCUGUUGGCUGCGCCAGCUGAGUCGCAGACCCUCCAGGACCUUGUUCUGAAUGAAUUGAAGACUGGCAAGCACACCGCCACCGAGGGUCUCCUCUGGUUGUGCCGUGGUAUCGAGUUCACCGUCGAAAGUCUACACCACAACCUUCAGAACCCCUCCGUCGAGCUCAAGGACUCCUUCAACGCCGGCUACGCCGCCACUCUGAGCAAGCACCACGGCUGGCUCGCUAAGAAGGCCUUCGGUGUCGCUUUGGGCUGGUGUCCCAAGCGCGCGGUCUUCUAUAAGCAGCUGGCCGAUGCGGACUACAAGGAGGGCCAGCUGGCUGGCGAGGCCGAGCAGGCUCUUGGCUUGAAGGUUCAGACUGAGGUUGUCCCUGAUCUCAAUAAUGAGGUCGAUGCUCUCAGGAGAGUUGUGAAGAUCCUUAAGGCAUUCCAGGCCUCCAAGGAAGCUCAAUGGUAG